AUCUGACCCCUUUUGCUGUCAAGAUGGCGUCGAGCAGGGACAGGCGGCAUACCGCCGAGACGGAAUCCGCCGUAGAUUAUGUCCAAGUGGACGGCCUGGUCGUGCUCAAAAUCAUCAAGCACUGCAGCGAAGAGGCCGGAGGACUCCUGGACGUGGCCCAGGGCGUCCUGCUGGGCCUCAUCAACUCUAACUUCGUCGAGAUCACCAACUGCUUCCCCAUCCCACCGCGCCAUGCCGAGGAAGAAGAGGCCGACGACUUGGAGUACCAGAUGGAAAUGAUGCGCCAGAUGCGUCACGUUAACGUGGACCACCUACACGUCGGCUGGUACCAGAGCUCCAACUUCGGCAGCUACUCGAACCGCACUCUACUCGAGUCCCAGUUCGGCUACCAGACCAACAUCACCGAGUCCGUGGUCCUCAUCUACGACCCGAUCCGUACCACCAAGGGAUUCCUCUCGUUGCGCGCGUUCCGGCUGAGUCAGCCCGCGAUGAAGCUGCUGGCCAGUAACGACUUCGGCGCUGAGCAGUUCAAGAACGCGCGUUGUUCCUUCGAGAACAUGUUCGAGGAGAUUCCCGUGGUGAUACGCAACUCUCACCUCAUCAACAUUCUGCUCUGCGAAAUGAGCGAGUCGACGCCCGUCGACGUCGGCAAGCAGCUGCUGGACAUGAGCACGGCGUUUGUUUUCGAAAAGAACCUGCAGGCUAUGAUGAUGUGCGUCGACGCACUCAACCAGGAGACAAACAAGUUCAUCAACUACCAGCGCCAGGUGAUGCGCCAGCAGCAGCAGAAGCAGCAGUACAUCCAGAAGCGGGCCCAGGAGAACAGUGCGCGUGCCCAGAAGGGCGAACCCCCACUGCCGGACGAGGACAUCAACAAGCUGUUCAAGCCCAUCCCAACACCAUCUCGCCUCGAGUCGGUGCUCCACUGCGGCCAGGUCAACUCGUACUGCCAGCAGGUGGCGCAGUUUUCCACCCAGAACCUGGGCAAGCUGUUCAUGGCCGAAGCCCUACAGCUGGAGAGCAAGCCGUCGGGAGUGCUCCCGUAAGGCGCGCACGGGCUGGAGGGGGGGCCCCGCUUAAAAAAUGCGUUCCUCCGGGCCGGGCUAGGGGUUUUAUCGUGCCGAGCUUUUCCUCUCUUUGUCGAAGCUGCCAGGUAAACACAUGCCGUGUCUAAACUCUGGGCAUGCGGAAAAUGUGGAAGACCGACCUCAAUGGCUCAGAAUUGGCUCAGCUCAUUUCCCUUUCCCUCUUCAAGCCUCAUUGAGGCAAGCACUCAUUCUCGUAUCAAACUCUCUUGCUUUUAACAACUAAAGGCGAGAGAAUUCUUGCCAUCUAAUUGCUAAUGGCAACAUUGCAAAGGUAAAGCUCUUGUCUUCAAGAUAUGCAUGAAAUCGGAAGUAACCUCAGUUGCAACGCUAGCACCUCUACUGUCUAUCGUCUUGUUUCUUUGACGCAACUUCUGCUUACGCUUUCUACCAAACCAGGGCAGGAAUUAACGUAUUUCUUUUUUAUUAAUUUUGUUGCGUGCUUGGUUCAUAUGUUGCAUGCAGUUUUAUUUUGUUUUUGCUUGAACGCAACUUGUGUCUCUCUUAUCACUUAGGAAACAAUCUUAAAUAACGCCUUUUCUAUUUUUCCUGCUUAGGUUAAGUUGCAUGUCGAAUUUGAUGCCUUGGUUGCAAUUUUGUGCCUUCACUAUCCUCCUAACGCUUACUUUGCAAACUUCUUUUUUUAUGGCAGAUAACAUGUUGUGUCUGUCCUUACUCAACGCUGUAUAUAAAUUUAGAGACAACUGCGCGGAUGUUGUGAAAAGUUGUCCUGACAGCCAUUUUGUCGCUUCCAUGGCGCGUUGCAGCAGACGGUCAUGCCAGUAUUUGCACUUCGACACUCCGCACGAGACCUCUAGGAAUAAAAGACCAUUUUUCUGA